AUGAGUUCCGACGAGGUCAAGCCAAACCAAGAGGCUGCUGCCGCCGAGACGGCACAGCCUCAGCGAGAACAUGUAGACGCCGAUCCAUCCAUCUACACCGAUCGACCGUCAGGCUGGAUGUACAGGAGCAUUCGAAUCUUUGGCACUGAGACUUGGUAUGCCUCUCCCAAGGUCCAGUUGCUCAUGAUUUCUCUUGUGUGCUUCCUGUGUCCCGGCAUGUACAACUCUCUUACCGGUCUUGGUGGUGCUGGUCAAGUCAACCGUGACGCCCAGAACAAGGCCAGCAUCGCACUUUACAGUACAUUUGCUGUCGUUGGCUUCUUCGCUGGUACCUUCGCCAACCGCCUUGGCUUGAGGUUGACUGUGGGAGUUGGAGGCCUUGGUUAUUGCAUCUACGCUGCCUCGUUUCUUUGCUACAAUCACACUCAGAAUGAGGGCUUUGUCAUUUUCGCUGGUGCCUUUCUUGGUGUGUGUGCCGGUCUACUCUGGUGUGCACAGGGUGCCAUUAUGAUGUCCUACCCUUCAGAGGAGAGCAAAGGCAGGUAUAUUUCAUGGUUUUGGAUCAUUUUUAACCUAGGUGCUGUUAUUGGCGCUCUUAUUCCUUUGGCCCAGCUGGUCAAUCAAAAGAAGCAAGCUCCCGCCAAUGACGGUACCUACAUUGCCUUCAUCGUCCUCAUGGUACUUGGCGCCGGAUUAUCUGCCCUUCUUUGCAACGCCAACGCAGUUAUCCGAGAGGAUAACACCAAGGUCAUCUUGAUGAAGAACCCCACCUUCGUUUCCGAAUUUGUUGGUUUGUGGGAGACACUGAUAUCAGAUCCUUGGAUUGUCCUCCUGUUCCCAAUGUUCUUCUCCUCGAACAUUUUCUACACUUACCAAAACAACGCAAUGAACGCUGCCCACUUCAACCCUCGUACGCGUGCCCUCAACAACCUCUUGUAUUGGCUAGCCCAGAUUUUUGGCGCUGUUGUCAAUGGUUACGCGCUCGAUAUUCAAGGCGUCCGUCGCAGCGUUCGCGCUAGAGUGUCUUUCAUUGUUCUGUUCGCCCUGACGUUUCUCAUCUGGGGUCUUGGGUGGUACUGGCAAGAACAACAGGUCUCACGGGCGUAUAUUGAAACCGAGGGCUCUGGAUGGAGCGAGGAUAUGCUUGUGGAUUGGACUGACGGUGGCAAGAAAUUUAUUGGACCUAUGUUCCUUUAUUUCUUUUACGGCUUCUAUGACGCAAUCUGGCAGACCGAUGUUUACUGGUAUAUGGGAUCUCUUUCGAAUUCUGGCCGCAAGGCAGCCAACUUAGCCGGUUUCUACAAAGGGCUACAGAGUGGAGCAGCGGCCAUCUUCUGGUCUAUGGACGAGAGACAUCUCGACUUUAAUACGAUUUUCGGCGCUACUUGGGGUUGUUUGGGUGGUUCAUUACUUUUUGCAGCCCCUCUCAUCUGGUGGCGAAUCAAGGACCACGUCUCAAUUGAAGAGGAUCUUAAGUUUAGUGACGAGACGAUUGAAGACGUUAUUGCUGGCCCCAAGGAGAAGAAAUUAGAAGGCGAGGCAUAA